AAGCCGCUCAUACGUGUUGCUUUCCAUAUGGAUGAUAGAGCAAGGCUUGAAUGUAGCAGGGCUGCAGAGCGACAUGAGAACGAAGGUGAACACAGUUAGGAAUCAGAAGCUGAGGAAAAAAUAAGAAGAAACAACCUCAAGAUAAAAAGGCUAAGAGAAAAAAUGAAGGAUGUUCGGAACGAACUUCGUCGUAUUAGGAAGUGUAGAAAGGUUCAAGAAGAUUGUUCGGUUGAUGUUGAGGUGAAUGUUGACGGUGCAGAUCAUCCAGUGUAUGAAAAACCUGUACGUGAAGCGGAUGAAGGAGGUGUAGGUGUAGCGGAUGAAGGAGGUGUAGGUGUAACGGAGGAAGGAGCUGUAGGUUUAGCGGAGGAAGGAGUUGUAGGUGAAGUACUUGAAGAACAUGCCGCUAAAGUGGAUGAAGGAGGUGUCGUUGAAGUACAUGAAGAACCUGCGGCUGAAGUGGAUGAAGUAGGUGUAAUUGAAAUAGGUGAAAUACGUGACGCUGUAGUGGAUGAUGGAGGUGUAGGUGAAGUACAUGAACUACAUGGUUUUGUAGUUGAUGAAGGAGGUGUAGGUGAAGUACCUGAAGAAGUUGCCGCUCCAGUGGAUGAAGGACGUGUGGGUGAAGUACCUGAACAACCUGUCGCUGAAGUACCUGAACAACCUGUCGCUGAAGUGGAUGAAGGACGUGUAUGUGAAGUCGAUGUAGGUGAAGGGGUUUCCGAACCUGAAAAUGAAGAGGGUGAAGAACCAUUAUGUGUACAACAUUAUGAUCCACCAGCAGUCAUUGACAUUGGUGAAGAUGAAGAAGGAGAUGUUAUUGUUGAACCGAUGUCCGUACGGCCUUUGCGCACUUAUGUAGGUGACCCUAGAACACAGGUUGAUUUCGACAAAUUGUACAACUCAGUAACUGCAAAAGGGAUUAAACGAAGUUUCAUUGCUGAAAUAUUUGGUCAACCACUGAGCACAAAUGAAUGUGAGUCUCUAGGGCCGAGGCAAUAUGUUGACAACUUGGUUGUAUUUUUUGCAUCAUCAAUUUUCAUGUAUUUUGAGAAAAGGUUGUCCGGAGUAGUAAAGAGGAUUGUUUUUAGUCCUGUGUUUGGGAACCAUAUGCGGUAUGAUUAUAGGAGACGUCCAUCAAAUCAACAUGUGUGGCAACUAAAAGAUUAUGAAACUUAUUUUCCUGUUGAUCUAAUUGAACUGUCUGACAUCUUGUCUGCCAAUUUGGUGAGUAACUUGUGAUUUGUACAUACAAAUAAUUCAUGGCACUAAUUAACAAUUGCAUGUGAGAGUUUUCAAGAUAAUAUAAGUUGAAAAAUGCAAAAAUUUGUAUAA